AUGGGUCAGGGACUCGGUUGUACGGCCAAUUACGAGCAGGGUCUCUUCAUUGCUGCUCAAUUUGGGGAUUUGGAAACGGUGGAGGCUCUGCUGGAGAGAGACCCAAUUCUCAUCCACCAGACCACGGUGUACGAUCGCCACUCUGCCCUUCACAUAGCAGCUGCCAAUGGGCAGAUCGAGAUUGUUUCUAUGCUAUUGGACAAAUCUGUUAAGCCAGAUUUGUUGAAUCGUAAUAAGCAGACUCCGCUUAUGUUGGCCGCGAUGCAUGGGAGGAUUUCUUGUGUGAAAAAGCUUAUUGAAGCUGGAGCUAAUAUAUUGAUGUUUGAUUCCAGUCACGGAAGAACCUGCUUGCACUAUGCUGCUUACUAUGGCCAUUCAGAUUGCCUUCAAGCCAUACUUUCUGCUGCCCGCACGUCCCACGUUGCUGCUUCUUGGGGUUACGCAAGGUUUGUGAAUGUUAGGGAUGGUAAAGGGGCAACCCCUUUGCACCUGGCAGCCCGUCAAAGAAAACCGGAAUGUGUUCAUAUUCUUCUAGACAACGGAGCUCUUGUCUGUGCUUCAACUGGCGGAUACGGCUUCUCUGGAAGCACUCCCCUUCAUCUGGCUGCGAGAGGGGGUUCUCUGGAUUGCAUCCGGGCAUUAUUAGCCUGGGGCGCGGAUCGACUUCAAAGAGAUCAGUCUGGGAGAAUACCAUAUCUAGUUGCUUUGAAGCACAAGCACGGAGCAUGUGCGGCACUGCUGAAUCCUUCAUCAGCAGAGCCUCUUGUAUGGCCAUCACCAUUGAAGUUCAUUAGUGAGCUUAAUGCAGAGGCAAAAGCUCUGUUAGAAAAUGCCUUAAUGGAGGCUAACAGGGACAGAGAGAAGAACAUCUUGAAGGGGACAGCGUACACGCUUCCUUCCCCAUCACAUUCUGAUGUUGGGACGGAUGAUAAUAUAUCUGAGAUUAGUGACACUGAGUUGUGCUGCAUAUGCUUUGAUCAAGUGUGCACGAUUGAAGUCCAGGACUGCGGCCACCAGAUGUGCGCGCAAUGCACGCUAGCCUUGUGCUGUCACAACAAGCCCAACCCAACCAACGCGAGCAUCAUUGCACCUGUUUGCCCCUUCUGCCGGAGUAGCAUUGCCCAACUGGUGGUCGCUAAGGUCAAGAAUGCAAAUCACAAUGACCCUGACCACCAUGAUACCACGGCCUCCUCAAAGCUCAGGAGGUCAAGAAGGUCUUGCAACCUCAGCGAUGGUGGCGGUGGCGGCAGCAGCAGCUUCAAGAGUCUGUCUGCCAUGGGUUCUUUCGGCAAAAUGGGCCGGGGGUCGGGUCGGUUCACUGCUGAAAAUGAGUUAGUGGACAAGCCUUGA